AUGAAAUGGGAAGGCCCUCAACGACUGCCGAAGGUACGUGACUGAUACAUUGUUUUUCAAUUGAAAUCAAUGUCUAAAGUAAUAUCUGCAAAUAAAUUUGAAUUAAGCAAACUUCCACAUAAAUAAAAUUUUCCUUAAACCACACAACAGUAUCGGUAAAUUGAAUUAAAGGUUACAUGUAGCUGGUGCAGUCAACCAUAUCUUAAAGGCUGAUACAAAGCAUGGAGUAUUAAUCAACCUGCACAAAGAAAAAUGACAUUGAAAAACCAGCGGAAUAUUUCAUUGCAUCAACUGUUUUCUGCCUUCGGGGAAACAGAAAUUUGACCAUGUUGGAAAAAAUCUUUUAAAAAUCUCUUGAUGUCCAAGAAGUGCAGUUUAUGACAUUUUUCAUAUUUGUAUUUUCAUCAAGUCCAUACCAACCGAAAGACCCAACCUUGUGCGGCCCACACUGAACAAAAUUGAUGUGGAGGCUUUGAAGAGAGACCUCAAAAAAUUUGAGGAGCAUUAUCCUGUGGGAAUCUCAAGAACACGGACUCAGUGGCUCCAGGAUGUUGACAAACGUUUGGAGUUACCUACUGACUGGGAGUGGCCAUAA